UGUGUGAUUUUCAGCCCAUCUGUUGUCUAAAACGUCGACAAUAGGCGUUACCUUCCCACCCCUUCCCAGCUGGCUCUGUUGAGCAAGCUCGCGCUGUGUGGUGGACACAAAUUCUGCAGUCCGCAGUUUUAUUCAGGGGAUUUCGUGCGCGUGGCCUGACGCUGUGAGAUAACGCCCGCCCCGCACCAUCGCCCCUUUCUUAAAGGCAGCGAGUUAAUGGCGGUGGAGCAUGAAUAAUGUUAGACCUGUUUCUCCGUGAUCCCGGGCCGUGCUCGCCUUCCUCACCGCUACAGACGGCCAUCCUGUUUGUUUUGUUGUUAUACAAAAUUUCUGUCAUAAUGGCGGCGUCGACUUGACAUUAAAAGUCGUUUGAUUUAGGACACGCUCCUCAGCUAAUCGAAUACAGAACUCUCAGGUCUGGUAAAGCUGGGAGUGCACUGUGUCACCUGCCAGAAAGUUGCUAUAAAGAUUGUCAACAGGGAGAAGCUCAGUGAGUCCGUCUUAAUGAAGUGGCUGAGGUUUGGGUGACAGAAACUUUGAAGAUUGGAGCUUUGAUGGUGGAACGAGAGAUAGCCAUUCUGAAGCUGAUAGAGCACCCUCAUGUUUUAAAGUUGCACGAUGUCUAUGAAAAUAAAAAAUAUUUGUAUUUGGUUCUAGAACACGUGUCCGGUGGGGAGCUCUUCGACUACCUCGUAAAAAAGGGGCGGUUAACACCAAAGGAGGCUCGGAAGUUCUUUCGACAGAUAAUUUCAGCGUUGGAUUUCUGCCACAGUCACUCAAUAUGUCACAGAGACCUGAAGCCAGAGAAUCUGUUGUUAGAUGAGAAGAACAACAUCAGAAUAGCAGACUUCGGCAUGGCCUCUCUGCAGGUGGGAGACAGUCUACUGGAGACCAGCUGUGGAUCCCCACACUACGCCUGUCCAGAAGUCAUCCGAGGAGAGAAGUAUGACGGGCGGAAGGCAGAUGUGUGGAGUUGUGGAGUCAUCCUCUUUGCACUUUUAGUGGGGGCGCUGCCGUUCGAUGACGAUAACUUGCGAAACUUGCUGGAAAAGGUGAAGCUGGGGGUGUUCCACAUGCCGCACUUCAUCCCGCCCGAUUGCCAGAACCUUCUCCAGGGGAUGAUAGAGGUGGACGCCACUAAGCGACUUGCGUUAGAACAGAUCCAGAAACACAUGUGGUACAUAGGGGGCAAGAAUGAGCCGGAGCCAGAGCAGCCUUUCCCACGGAAGGUGGCGAUCCGCACCCUGCCCUCAGGCGAGGACAUCGACCCCGAUGUGCUGGAGAGCAUGCACUCGCUGGGCUGCUUCCGAGACAAGAACAAACUGAUGAAGGACCUGCUGUCGGAAGAUGACAAUCAGGAGAAGAUGAUCUACUUCCUCCUGCUGGACCGCAAAGAGAGGUAUCCCAGCCAUGAGGACCAGAAUCUCCCACCUCGAAAUGAAAUAGACCCCCCCAGGAAGCGAGUGGACUCUCCCAUGCUGAACAGGCACGGGAAGCGGAGGCCGGAGAGGAAGUCCAUGGAGGUUCUGAGCGUGACGGACGGGGGUUCUCCGGUUCUGGCGAGACGGGCCAUCGACAUGGCACAGCAUGGCCAGCGGUCUCGGUCCAUCAGCGGUGCCUCCUCUGGCCUCUCCACCAGCCCCCUCAGCAGCCCUCGGCCGGUCAGGCGGUUCUUCAUCCCCCCCCAGUCCCCUGACCUUUCAUGGUCCCCCAACUCCAGCCCCGCACACUCCCCGGAACCCCGCCCCAAUAGGACUGGAGCGGUCACACCCACCCCCAACUCCUUUCAGCCAAAGACAGGGACCCUCCAAGCCAAUCCAAAGACACAGACACUCCCGGCAAAGCCCAAAGUCGCUGAGAAACCCCUCCAGUCCACCCGAUCCAACCCCCUGCCCAACACAGUUGCCAACCCUUCCCCUGCCAAGCUCCAGUCUUCCCCAGCUCACCAAAUGCAGAAGAACCCCCCUUCAGUGCCCAACAGCCCCCAGGUGCGCCGGCCGCCCCUGGCAGUGCCUCCCCAGCUCUCCUCCCCCUUCUCCCAGGUGGUUCCCCUUUCCCCCAUCCGGCUGAGCCGCUUCCACCCGGUAGCUGGCAGUGACCACAACACCAAAUCUAUCCCCAUCAUACAGGUGACUCCCCACCCCUCCCCUAGGGGGAGCCCUCUCCCCACCCCCAAAGGAACACCGGUGCACACGCCCAAGGAAAGCCCUGCAGGCACGCCCAGCCCCACACCGCCGCCCAGCCCCUCCAUCGGGGGCAUGCCCUGGAGGACACGUCUUAACUCCAUCAAGAACAGCUUUCUGGGGUCUCCGCGUUUCCACCGCAGGAAACUGCAAGUUCCCACACAAGAGGAGAUGUCCAGCCUCACCCCAGAGUCUUCCCCUGAACUUGCCAAAAAAUCCUGGUUUGGUAAUUUUAUCAACUUGGAGAAAGAGGAACAAAUCUUUGUGGUGAUCAAGGACAAGCCAUUGAGUUCAAUCAAAGCAGAUAUUGUGCACGCCUUUCUCUCAAUCCCCAGCCUCAGCCACAGUGUGAUCUCACAGACCAGUUUCCGGGCGGAGUACAAGUCCACUGCUGGGCCCACGGUGUUCCAGAAACCCGUCAAAUUCCAGGUGGACAUCACCUACACCGAGAGCACCGCCGCCCAGAAGGAGAACGGAAUCUACUCUGUCACCUUCACGCUGCUUUCAGGCCCCAGCCGGCGCUUUAAGAGGGUGGUGGAGACGAUUCAGGCACAGUUGUUAAGCACACAUGAGCAGCCAGGUGUCCAGCAGCUUUCCGGCAGCCCGUUGAGUAACUUCUUUGACGUAAUUAAACAACUUUUUUCAGACGAGAAGCAUGGACAGGUGCCUCGCCCACCCGGCACGCCCAACAAACAUACCUCCACUGGCCAGAGGCACGACCACGAGCCCAAUGACUCAAAGUGACUAACCCCACUAUGGGCCCAAUGACUCAAAGUGACUAACCCCACUAUGGGCCCAAUGACUCAGUGCCCCACAGGCAGAGACUAACCCCACUAUGGGCCCAGUGACUUAGUGCCCCACAGGCAGAGACUAACCCCACUAUGGGCCCAAUGACUCAGUGUCCCACAGGCAGAGACUAACCCCACUAUGGGCCCAAUGACUCAAAGUGACUAACCCCACUAUGGGCCCAAUGACCCAUUGCCCCACAGGCAGAGACUAACCCCACUAUGGGCCCAGUAAUUCAGUGUCCCACAGGAAGAGACUAACCCCCCACCACAGGUAUAAACUAACCCCCACCACGGGCAGAGACUAACCCCCACCACAGGCCCAGUGACUGAAAGAACCCCACAAGCAGAGACUAACCCCACUAUGUACCUAAUGACUCUGUGCCCCACAGGCAGAGACUAACCCCCCACCACUGGCCAAGUGACUCAGUGCCCCACAGGCAGAGACUAACCCCCACCACAGGGCCAAUGACUCAAAGUCCCCCCAGGCAGAGGCUAACCCCGCUAUGGGCCCAAUAAAUCAAAGGGCGCCCCAGGCAGAGACUAACCCCCUUAUGGGCCCAAUAAAUCAAAGGGCCCCCCAGGCAGAGACUAACCCCGUUAUGGGCCAAAUAAAUCAAAGGGCCCCAGAGGCAGAGACUAACCCCCACCACAGGCAUUAAGCUGCUGCCAUCUAUUGGGACACAGGAUCAACUUUAAAAGCAAGCAAACAAACAAACAAACAUUGCACUAUAUCAGAGUAAUCAAAUCAGUCCACCUAUCAAUAGAAAAAUCCCAGCAGAAGUGUAGAAAUCUACGUGUGCACCGCAACACUGGUACUGUAAAUAAUGCCACUUCUUUGGGAAUAUAUAUAUAUAUUUUUAAAAUUGAAUGACUUUGUAUAAAUUAACAAUAAAUGCUAUGAGUAUAACACACAAGUAUGCAGGUCUCCUCUGUGCCCCGCACCUCCCUCCCCCCCACAUCCCCUGCUCCCAAACAAAACAAACAAAAUGAAACAAAUCAAAAGACAUUGCUUUGGCAUUUUCUGUGAAGAUUUCUGUCUCCUCUCACCCUUCUGAUGGCUUGUUUCUAC